AUGGCACCUAAAGUUCUCAUCAGUAAAAUUAAAUGGGCCCACGAGGAAGUAAAGGAAUUGUUCGAUGGUGUUGCUGAUGUUGUGACAUUAGACAAAAGCAUGGAUAGGACCGAUUUCUUCAAGGAACUCUCCCCAGGCGGGAAAUACAGUGAAAUUGUUGCCAUCUUCAGAACUUAUGGAGCGUCCUUUGGGCCGUUCAACAAAGAGCUCAUCGAUCAUCUCCCUCCUAGUCUCAAAUGGGUAGCGUCGAAUGGGGCAGGCUAUGAUACGGUGGACGUUGGAGCCCUCAAGGCUAGAGGUAUCUAUCUGUCCAACACGCCAGCCGCAGUGGACGAUGCCACAGCUACGACAGCUCUAUACCUGAUUAUCGCUGCAAUGCGGCAAUUUUCCAAUGCGGAGCGUUCUCUCCGUGAUUUGAAAUGGAAGCCUGCUGGAAGCGCUGCCGUGUCGUAUGACCUCACAGGGAAGACGUUGGCUAUUCUCGGACUUGGUGGUAUCGGUCUGCGUAUUGCUGAGCUUGCACAUGCUUUCCCGAUGCGCAUCAUAUAUCAUAAUCGCCAUAAAGCUGAGGGUGCCCCGGAAUACUGCGAAUAUUUCGAGGACGCCGAAGAGAUGCUCAAGCAAGCCGACGUUUUGAACAUUAGUGUCCCUCUCAACGCCAGCACUAGAGGCCUCGUAGGAGAGAAAUGGAUUAGAAUGAUGAAGAAGGGCUCGAUUAUUGUCAAUACGGCCCGGGGACAAGUCAUUGAUGAAGGACGGACAUGUACGUGUUUUUAUCUACAACCCAUACUUAUUUCCUUAUCAAAUGUGCAGCUCGGUUCAGUGGGCCUCGACGUUUUACCCAACGAGCCCAACGUCAACCCCCGCCUUCUCGAAUUCCCGAAUAUCACGCUACUACCUCAUAUGGGCACAGAAACGAGAGACACACAGCGGAAGAUGGAAGUGCGUGCUCUGACGAACAUUAGAGAUUAUCUCGUGCAUGGAAUGGGAAAAGAUCUUGUCCCCGAGAUGAGAACGUAG